AGGAUCUCAUGCCAUCUCAUGAUACUGCUGGUUGAUGCUCUAACUGCUCCUUCACUAAUUUAAUGCAUUGUCUGUAACUUGGCAGAAUAUAAUGCCCAAUUCAACAAUUUCCUUAAAUUCUCUGUCUGUACUUGAAUACAAGCAUAGGUGUUUGAUUACAGCAAAUGGCUGUCUGAUCCUUUGGCAUAUGCAAAAACAAAGCGUAUUCCGUACUUGAAAACAAGAAGGGCCAUCAAAACACAUGGGUUUUUGAUCAGAAACCAUAUGGAAACUGAGUCAUCCAAAAUGGAAAGAACAGUACCAGCAAACUAAAGGGGUUGUUACUCAGCAGCACCUUCGUGGCCACUCUGUCAUGGACUCUAUUUCUAAUGCCAUACGCACGCGUGGUAAAGUUUCUUUAUACUAAAGCUUACACUCUCAACCCCCCACCCCACCCCAAUGUUUAUAAAUACCCUUUAAUUUUCUAACAACAUCAACUACAGUCACCCUCUGUUUUCUUUCUCUCUCUGUCUAAUUAUUUUAGGCCAAGAUCAAAGCCGUGGCAUUUGGCUUUUUCUUUCACAUCUUCCCUCUAUCAAUCGCUUUCUUCACCUCUGCUAGUGACCUUCAAGAGGUCCAAAUAGAGCCUCUUUCUGCUCACUUUGUGUUUCAUGUCCAUGUCAGGGAAGUUUUUGUUUUCUUUCUACUCCACUUUCUUUGAUUGAUCACAUUACUAGUGUAUUAUUGAAAUAAUAGUUUGAUGGCUAUGUGGGAGAGGCAGACGCAGAAACAACGGCGUAAAACACCGUCAUUUUCUUCGUCCCUCCUCGACGCCAUUUACCAUUCCAUUGAUGAACCUAGAGGCACCGACGGGCAACAAGAAGUGGACAACUGUUUCCUCCACAGAAGAAAGAAUGCUGCACAAGUUGAAGAAGAGAUCGAAAGCCUGCGACGGGCGAUCAUGGUAGAGAAAUGGAUGGAAAACUACGGCACUACCACCACUCCAAGGCACCUCUCUUCCAACUCAGGAUCAUCAACAGAUUCAAGCUUAUUUUCGUCAUCCGAAACAGACUCCUCAGCUUCAAGAUCAUCGGUUUUUCCUCUGCAGAAACCGAAAAAUGCUCAGAAACUUCCUGCAGAGAGGCCAGGAAAGAUUUUACAGCUCGAGACAACGCCAAAGCGCGAAGGCCGGUUCACGAGGACUAAAUCAAGGGCGAUGAAGAUUUAUGGAGACUUGAAGAAGGUGAAAGAGCCCAUUUCACCAGGUGGCAAAAUAGCAAACUUCUUGAACUCCAUAUUCAGUCCAAGAAACCUGAAGAAAAAUCAGGACCUGGAGGAAUGGAGCUCUGUAAGAAAGUCAAGAUCAAUGAAAGAUACAGCAACAUGUUCAUUGGCCUCAAGAUCCUGCCUGAGUAAAAACCCUUCUUCCAGAGGUAAUAAAUCUAAGAGGUCUGUCAGAUUUUGCCCUGUCAGUGUCAUUGUUAAUGAGGAUUGCCAGCCCUGUGGCCACAAGAGCAUAUAUGAUGACGAGUAUUCAGUCAGUGCAUCAGUGCCAAGUAUCGGCAGCCAGUUUAUCAAGAAAAACAUCGACAGUUUUCGACUCUACGAGGGCAAGAAUCCAAGAAAACAUGAAUUCAGGGACUUCUAUGAGAAUGAAAGUGAUGUUGAUGAUAAGAGCUGCGCCAGCUCUGAUCUCUUCGAGCUCGAAAACAUCGGUCGGGUCGGGAUCGGAGCAUAUGAAGAAGAACUUCCAGUAUAUGGAACCACAAGUCUUAAGAUGAAUCAGGCCAUUGCUAGUGGUUUGAUAAUGUAGUGCAAAUUUGACAUUUCUGAUCAUCAGUUAUGUAGACUCUGAGUGAUUAAGCAUAUCCAGCAAUAUUUCUCCUAAUGAAUUUCCUUCAUCCGUAGCAUGUUAUACAUAACAACAUGUAGAUUACAUUUGCAUUUCAACUUGAACUUUACAGACAGCAGCUACAGAAACCUGCAACUGCAACAUCAUGUCUUUGUCAUCAUCAAUGAAAAACUUAAGUUGUCGCGCUCUUUCUCACUUAAGGUUGUCACACAUUAUGAGCAAAAAACAAAAGAAAAAUUGCAUUAAAAAAAACAAAAAAAGAAAACCAAAAAGGAAACUGAAGGUCACAAUUGUAAUGAUGGCGAUGAGUCUGU